AUGAAAAAGUCGGUGUUUGAGGGAGCUGGUUGUCAUUUGAUGUUUCCCAUAGCCAUUGGUGGUUUUGUGCAUGCUUGUAGCUUAACAAAUGUUUUAUCGUCUCCCAUGAGUCUCUCAGGCCAUUGGAGUAGCUUGGUUGCUGGCUUGGUGCAGCACAUGCUCCUGAGGAGUAUUCAAGAGAAGCAUUGGGCAUUCCAGGCAGUUAAUGAAAGAAGAUGUCUUACUGGAAAACUGCAAGGCAGAGAAAGGGAAGCAAGAAUAGGGGCUCCCGACUCUGGUGGAGAUCUCGAUGCUCAAGGUAGUAAUCGUUUUGAGAGAAUACACCAAAAGGAGGUGCUUUUUGGGCUUCUGAAAGCAUACGUUACUAGUGCGCUUAAUGGCUCUGCAUCUCUGCCUCAUGGUACUGGAAAGGCUUUUCGGGUGGCUGUCUUUGCUGAAGGGGCAGCUGCAGAUGAGGCCCGAGCAGCUGGAGCUGAUGUUGUUGGUGGUCAGGAGCUUAUCGAGGGAAUCAAGAAUGGCACCGUUAAGGUCGAUUUUGACAAGUGUAUUGCGACCCAUCAAAUAAUGCCACUUGUUGGAAAACAGAUAUCAAAAGUUCUUAGGCGAUUGACACCAAAUGCUAAAAAUGGUACUGUGACCAAUGAUAUUUCAAGGGUGGUGAGAGAGGCAAGACGCAAUAUUGAUUUCAAAAAAGACAAAUCUGCAAUUGUGCAUGUAGGGCUUGGGAAGGUUACUUUUCCAGAAGAGGCUUUACGUGAAAAUGUUGGUGCAUUUGUGAAUGCUCUUUUGCUUGCAAAGCCUGCGGGCUUAAAGAAAAGAAUUGGACCUCGUCACAUUUAUUUUUGUUUAAGACUGACUGAGGAAGAAGUCAGUAAUAUUGGUGGGGAGUUUGGUGUCUACGUCAUUGUUAAGUAA